AUGAGAAGAGUCGUCAUAGAGGCCUGGCAAGGAAAAGCGGGCCCAUCACAGUGCCACCGCUACCAGGCCUUUGGCCACGCAUCCACCAACUGCUUCAGACCAGUGAAGUGUGUUCGCUGUGCCGGAGAUCAUAUCGCCAGCAACUGCCCAAGGGGUAGGGAUGAAGAACCGCGAUGCGCUAAUUGCGCUAAAAACCAUACUGCCAAUGAUCGCCACUGCCCAGUCCUGAGGAGGAUUGCAAGGAAGCAGGGAAUAGCUCUACCGGGAUUACUCCCGGAAGAGCCCAGAAGAGUCCCCCAGAGUCGUCCCAGGGCCGUAGUCCAGGAAGACGGGUGGACUACAAUUAGAGGAAAGGGAAGGCAACCUGCCCCCCCUCCACCCGUCUCGGCACCCACAGAAACGGUGGUGCCAAGCACCCUUAUAUCGAAGGCAACCACCGGGGCGAUUCAACGCCCCCCUGCUAACGACGCAAUCGAGCGCCAAACCUCACAGAGGAGUAAGUGGGGGAGGAAGAAGAGGAAGAAGGUGCAGCCUCCUCCUCAGGCAGCAACUUCUACCCAACCCCAACGGUAA